AUGCAAAAUGAUUCGAAAUCCACUGCGGUAUUCAGAUCUGAAACACCUCCUGUUAAACAACGAACAGCCAACUCAUUGGUUGGUUUGAAACAAAUUUCUUUAAGAGAAAUGGAUCCAACAAAGGAUCGUGUUUAUGAAGGAUACGUUCUGUCUGUAACUAUUAUUGAAGAAGCUAUGUCUUGGUCUCCAUCAAUCCAUCUCGUGGUCGAAGAUGAACGCCAUGAUUGUGAACAGAUGUGUAUAUACAAUUUUCCCAACAACCAAGGACGCUAUCUAACUAGUACAACAUACACGAUUGGAACCAAAAUGAGUAUUGUAAAUCCGUAUUUGCGGUUGGGGGCAUACGAUCUAAAGCCAUUGAUCCGAAUCGAUGAUCCCUUAUCAAUUGUGAUGCACAAUGAAUCUGAGCGAGUAAUGAAUAUGUGUCGAUGUUGCAAUGAACCGAAUGCACCACAUGUGUGUGGUAGAUGUAAACAAGCGCGUUACUGUUCACAAGAAUGUCAAGUAAUGGACUGGAAAACAUAUGAACAUAAAUUAUUAUGUAAAAAACUAUAG